UCUCUCGUACGAUCAUGACAACCAAUCAGCGUAUCAUUUUCAACGAAAUGCCCAAUGGCUUGCCAAAUCCUAAAACAAGUCUGAUCGUCGACAAUACACUAUCUAUUGAUCUUGAUAAUGUACCACUUCAAGGAGGUAUCCUCGUCAAGGCACUUGCCUUCAGUCUUGACCCCUAUAUGCGCAAUCGCAUGCGACCCGUUGAUAUUCCAGGAGACAUCGAUGCAUUCCCCCUAGGCGAAACAAUUACUGGUUUCAGCGUUGGUGUGGUCUUGCGAAGUGAGACGCCCUUGAUUCAAGCUGGACAACACGUAUAUGGAUUCAUGCACUAUCAACGCUACAGCGUCAUCCCGUCAAUAGACGCCAACGCGCUAGGGAUGAAGGGCUUGAGCCUAAAAGUCCUUGACAACAAGUACAACCUCCCAUGGCGAUAUUAUGUUGGAAUCCUUGGAAUGAGUGGACAGACAGCAUAUUAUGGACUCAAGGACAUUAGCAACCCUAAGCCGGGUGAAACGCUCUACAUAUCUGCAGCGUGUGGUGCUGUAGGCCAUCUCGUGGUUCAGCUUGCCAAGGCCCAAGGGUUGAAAGUCAUCGCAUCUUGUGGUAGCGACCAGAAGGUCUCAUUGGUGAAAUCACUCGGGGCAGAUCAUGUCUUCAACUACAAAACUGCGGAUACUGCUGCAGAGCUCAAGGCACAUGGCCCGAUUGACAUUUACUUUGACCUUGUUGGUGGUCCGACCCUCGAAGCUGCCAUAAAUAAUCUAGCCUGCAAUGCCAGACUCGUUAUCUGUGGGAUGAUCAGUCAAUACAACUCGGCGACGAACGAGGCGUAUGGUAUUCGAAACCUGUGGUUAUUGAAUAGAUACCGAGCGAAGAUGCAGGGUUUGGUCGUGAUUGACUGGGCAGAUAAGUAUCUGGACGAAUUCCACGAUACUGUCCCACGGGAUUUGGCUGCUGGAAAACUAAAAUAUCUGGAACAUGUGUAUCAUGGUAUGGACAGGGUCGGUGAGGCGCUUGUUGAUUUACUGGUUGGAAAUAAUGUCGGAAAAUCUGUGCUGGUUCUCGAAGAUGAUGCGUAGGAAGACGCUACACAUGUGCACUGUAGAUACUCUUGUAAGUUGUAUACCUCAUUGUGUAACAGCUGUAUAAAAUGAUAUGUGGAAUUCACAAAUCCCACACAUGAUC